CAACACUACUUCAUCGCAAUAUUGCAUGAUUAUUUAUAGCAAUUUUGUGUGAUUUUAUAUUCCAUUAGUCUUAUACCUGUAUUUCUGUGUCUGAGGAUUCCUGUGGCAUCAGUGUUAUUCACUAGGCUCAUUAAUAUCUGGUAUGGGCAAUUGUUUUUCUGUAUAUUUACUUAUGAACUAGUUCAAUGAUUAGACAAAAUGUCAGUUGAACUUCAGGAGUCGAAAAAUGACCCACCUGUGAAGGCGGAGGACUGUAAAAUGGAUGGCACUUCGGUGUCUGCUACUGUACGUCGGUUUUUAAGUGAGCUUGAGCCUGAGGAGACUGCCAAUUUAGUUAUUGGCGGUUGCGCUUUGGUUGUGAAUGCUUGUACUAACAUGUUGUAUCCUCGUAUUAUUGGCAACAUCAUUGACGCUGGCAGUACUGGUGCCUUUUCACCUGUAACAUCAUGGAUUCCAGGUUUAAGUUCUGGCAUUCCUCCAUUGUACGGUAGUGAUUCUCCUGUUUCAUCUUGUCCUCUCGCGAUGUUUAAACGUCUUCUUUUUUCUGCAUUACCAUUAUAUGCAGCUGGUAGUAUUGCUUCUUGGCUUCGUGUAUCGAGGAUGCAGCGGGCGGUAUAUUUGAUCCAGAAGCGCUCUCGUAAGAAAAUGUACGAAAAGCUAUUGAUGCAGGGCGCUCCGUUUUUCCAUACUCGUGCUUCUAGUUUACUUAUCGCCAGGUUGUUGAAUGACUGUGAAGAGGGCCCGAAAUCAAUGGUAGAAAACAUAUUUACCUUUGUUCGUUGUUGUAACUCUGUCAUUGGUGGUACGUUUAACUUGAUCAGCAUAUCGCCAUGUUUGACCGGUGUAACCAUGACGUGUAUACCAUUUUUCGGUUUAUUCGUCAUUGCGUACUCUGCUAUCAUAAAGCGAAGUCACCGUAGACGUAAGGAUGUAAUUGACAAUGCUAUAAGCAGGGCUGAUGAGGUCAUCAGUAGUAUUGAAAGCGUAAUGAGUUUUGGUAAGGAGGGUGACGAGAUUGAAUCAUUUUCUCGAUCAUUGGACGAAUGCGACUCUGUAGCUCAACGUGUAUGUAAUUCAGAGGGCAUUUUCAUGGGUUCUGUGUUGGCUGGAUUCAAUCUGUCAACAUUGAUAAUGCUUUACUGUGGUUCAUACAAGAUGCAAUCAGGUGACAUCUCCGUUGGCAGUCUCGCAUCAUUCAUUCUUUACGGCGGCUUAUUUGGUCUUGGGGUAUCAGGUCUAUCAAAGAUUGCAUCUGAUGUUUCUAAGGCCGCGGUAUCGCUGCAGCGAAUCUAUGAGAUCCACGACCUUGACGUUGAUGAGGAUAGGGGUACCACCUUACCUUCGGUAACUGGUACUUUGGAGUUUGAGAAUGUAUCCUUUUCGUAUGACACUCGUGCUGAUGUGCCUGUUCUCGAGAACUUUAACUUGAAGAUUGAGCCCGGCCGUGUUCUUGCCAUAGUGGGUGCUAACGGCAUGGGUAAAAGCACCACUGCCCGUUUGUUAACUGCGUUAUACCGUCCUACUAGUGGUCGUAUUUUAUUGGAUGGAGUCGACAUAUCUACAUUGAGUUCUCGGUGGCUGCGUAGUAAGGUGUUUACAGUUGUUUCUCAGGAGCCACUGCUGUUUUCCAUGUCUAUAGCAGACAAUUUACGUUACGGCAGCGAUGGCGUUACUGAUGACCAGUUGCACGAGGCGGCUCGUGCAUGUGACAUUCACGACUUUAUAGACUCACUGGCUGGGAAGUACGAUACCAUGGUUGGUAGGCGCGGGUCACUGCUGUCUACUGGGCAGAAGCAGCGCUUAGGGCUAUCACGCGCUUUGAUUCGUGACACUCCUUGUGUGAUUCUUGAUGAGGCCACUUCCUCUAUGGACGGCUCUUCUGACGAUUUAGUGCGGUCUAUUAUUACUAGGAAGGACAAGCCCAGGACUGUGGUUAUCAUCACUCACCAUCUAGCGACGCUUCGUUAUGCCGACAUGGUUGCUGUUUUGAACGACGGUCAUGUUGAAUUCCAUGGUACUCCAGAGGAUGCUCAGCGACAUAGUGAGACCUUCCGUGCACUGUUUCCAGGUUUCACUGCACCCUAGACACGCUACGUAAUGUCUAGUAUGUUUAUAG